GACGAGAUAGCUAUUGAGCUGGGGGUGAAUGCCGAGUUUGCCACAACCCUCGCUCAGCAGCUAGAGUCCGGGACUUUGGGUGCCCUUGCUCCAGCAGAGAAUGGCAGCUCACCGGAGGCUGCUGCAAGUGCUUCGUCCCCGGACAAAGCUGACAACAAGCCAGCCACCCCCGCCAAGGGAUCUGACCUGGAAGUGGUGAUGUCUGGAGAGAGCACCACCGACUUUGUGAAAGAGUGGGUUCAAGCUGCUAACGCGGCGGGUGGCCAGUCAGUGCGGAUCUGCGCAGAGUGUCUUAGCAGCAUUUUUUAUGACAAGUACAACCUGCAGCUAGAUCAAGACAUGUUCCUGAUUGAGCUUGCUCAUGCGGAGUUGCAAUUCCUAUGUGAGGCUGGAAGCGCUUGA